UACUGAGGCAAAAAAGUAACUAUGUUUGGACUUUUUUUUUUCAUUUUAUUCACCCCCGGAGUCAGUGAAUUACUUUGUACGUCGUCAGAGCUAGAAAUGUCAUAUACUUUUUGUGAUUCUACAGCUCAUGAUUUCAUGUUUAAUCUGACACCUUGCAGCAUCAUGAACAAAUCCGUCUGGAAGGCUGGUCUUAUGUGGAUUCCAAGAAGUGACAUCACCUUUUUGAAGAUCGUCUUCAAUGUCUGGUACGACAAUGCCAAAGCAUUACACUGGAAAGAAGUCCUUUGCAGCGGAGCUGACGAUGAAUACACAGUGUGCGGAAUGCUGAAAGGAGAAACAAUUGUGACAACAUUUGACAUUAAAGGUGCAAGAACAAAGUUUCCAAAGGGCAAUUAUAACAUUAUUUCACAAGGAUUCUCUGAUGAUUCUGAGAAUAAUAUGAUCAUGUGCUUGAACUUCACCAUGAUAGUAAAACAAGGCGCUUUCUGAAUACGACAAAUGUUUCAAAUAAUUCCAGAACACGGAGCUCACUUCUGCAAGCAUCUGGAACCCAACCUGCGAAAUAAUAAGCACGCUAAUUUUCCUGAGGUAGAAUACAUCAUGUACUGGCUGGAAAGCUACAUGAUGGAUAGUCUUAUGCAUUUAUAGCACUGCUGUAAUCAGAUGCUCAGCCAAUGUGCACAAAAUCUCUGGGAAUCAGACAUCCUGAUUAAUCCACAGAAUAACCCUGACUGGAUGUCAGGC